AUGAGUAAAGAAUCAAAGAUGACUAGGGAAGUAUACGACGCAGUGUUACUUACAGCAGGAGCAGUUGGUAUAUCAAUAGCAUCAAAGAAAAUAUUGAAAGAACCCCUAGGUACCCCAGAGAAUGUAAAGGGAAUGGUAAAAUUAGCUGUUUCAGUUAGUCUUUCAUCUCUACUGGUCUCUUACUUGAAAGAAAAGAAGUAUCUACCAGAUGAUCCAUUCAAAACCUAGGUAAAACUAUACAAUGGCAGAGGCAGUAGCAGGGGGACUCUUUAAUGCAUUUGCAUUUGCGGGAGCAGGAUACCUAUUUAAAAUGUUUGAUAGGAAUGGAUACGCUGAGGAAACUCAUAGACAUAACAAGGCAAUGGAGAACCUAACAGCUGAAAGAGAGAAGUACCUCGAAGAGGUCACUGAUAGGAGAAAUAGGAUUGCCCAACUGAAGUCAGAACUAGCUGAUGCAAUUAGGGAUAUUAAGUCAACGAACCAGUCAUUAGAACUCGUUAGAAGAAUCAAUGAGUUAACACGUAAGCCUAUGCCAAGGAAGCCGCAAUUGAGCAAUCACUACAAACCUAGCUCUGAAAUGGAAGAAUAUAUGGCACUAUUUGGUUUAAUUACAGGUGGGGUGGUUGGAGGGGCAUCUUAUUUAAUCCUAUAGAAAAUACCAUAAAAAUUUUCACACCUAUAAGUAUAGGGAAAUGGAAUGGUUACAGAUGGUAACACCUGAGGAGAUAGCACAUGUAGGUAAAAGGGCAAAUACACUGGAAGAGUUAGAGGCUGCUGUGAGAAAGCACGUAGAGAAUAGAAUAAAGAGAAAAUACACAUUUGAUCCAAUAUGUAGUGAAUGUGGAAGUAAGUCUAUUGUAAUGAUAGAUGGGGCAGAUACAUGCACACAGUGUGGUGCCAGUGAUAUGAAUAACUUCUCAUACUACGUUAGUUACAACUACAACAAGGACGACUAUCUGAAGAAGAAAUCUUGUCACAACUGA